AAAAAAACAAAAACAACUGUCACAGCUCAGGAGCUCAGAAAGUCGCAGCUGUUUAUGGCGUAUAUAAGAAUUCUUCAGAUUCCCGGAAAACACUCGCUUUUCCACCAUUCACUCGCCAAGAAAGUGCUCUACAUAUCUGCAUCCCACCGCUACCUUACUUACUACAGUACUCUUUUUUGACAAAGACUAAAAGAAGAAGAAAACAAAAGCCUUUUUGAAUCAGAUUUCCUAAAUCUGUUCACACCGAGAACUUAAUUUAAAGACUUAACCAUUAAUUAGGAACGUAGAUAUGCCUAUUCUUUAUAGUUUGCAGUGUUAGCAUUUGUUUCAAGGUUUCCGGGGGCGUUGGAUAUGGAAAAGCUAAGGAUGGGACUCUGGGUGGCGGUCUGCAUUGCGGCUGUGAUGGGUGCUUUUGGGGGGUGGAGCGGAGUGGAUGGCGUUGAUUUGGAGGAUUUCUAUCUAGAAUCUGUGUUCAAUAAAUCCUUUGCUUCAUCUGCCGCCGCUAAAUCAAGCCAACUCUAUGUUCCUCUCACUCUUAUUCAAAACGCUAAUGCCACAGGAGCUGUGUGCUUAGAUGGGAGCUUACCAGCUUAUCACCUUCAUAAAGGGUAUGGUUCCGGAUGGAAGAAGUGGCUCAUUCAUUUAGAGGGUGGGGGAUGGUGUAACAGCAUCAGAUCUUGCAAAUUCAGCCGCAUGACACAUCGUGGGUCAUCAAAAUUCAUGGAAAAUUGGCUCCAAUUUACAGGAAUUUUGAGCAAUAGGCAAGAAGAAAAUCCAGAUUUUUACAAUUGGAACAGAGUAAUAGUUCGUUACUGUGAUGGUGCUUCAUUUACUGGAGACAGUGAGAGUAAGGAGAACGGGCUUCAUUUUAGAGGACAACGUAUUUGGAAAGCAGCAAUUGCUGAAUUAAUGUCGAGGGGAAUGCGUUCUGCCAGUCAUACUCUUCUUUCUGGAUGCUCUGCUGGUGGUCUUGCUACAAUAUUGCACUGUGAUGAAUUCGGGAAUUUUUUUCGAAGGGGUACUACAGUGAAGUGUUUGAGUGAUGCAGGGUUAUUCAUGAAUGCGAUGGAUGUAUCUCACGGUCGCACCCUUCAGAAGUUUUUUCAGGGUGUAGUAAAGGUGCAGGGCUCUAACAAAAACCUGCCAAGUAGUUGCACUGGCCGCAGAGAUCCAGCCUUAUGCUUCUUUCCUCAGUAUGUGAUUUCCGAUCUCAAAACCCCUCUAUUUAUUCUCAAUGCUGCAUAUGAUUCAUGGCAGAUCCAAGCCAGUUUAGCUUCUUCAUCAGCCGAUCCCAAUCGCAAUUGGUAUGAUUGUAAACUUAACUAUAAACAGUGUUCUGAUUCACAGAUUGAAUUUUUCCAAGGGUUUAGAAAUCAAACACUACGAGCUACACGACGUUUUGCCAGAUCGAGAAAAAACGGGUUGUUCAUAAACUCAUGCUUUGCCCACUGCCAAUCGGAGAGGCAGGAUACAUGGUUAGCUCCGAACUCCCCAGUUAUUGGCAAAAAGGCGAUUGCACUUGCCGUAGGGGAUUGGUAUUUUGAACGAGCCGUUGCUACCAAAUACACCGAUUGUGCGUACCCAUGUGGCAGCAAGACUUGUCACAACUUAGUGUUCAAAUGAACCACCAUUUUUAUGAUCUCUUCAUACAUACCAUACAUACAUACUUGGUGAUACUCUUUAUCAGUGGUUUCAGUUCCCUAUAAUGUAAAUUUUACAUAUGUCAAAGAAGUCAUUUUACCUGUGAAUUUGAGAUGUAAUACAGGCCACUGCUCAUCCAUAGUACAUUGGCGGGGUGGGCCGUAGGGGGAGUUGUGUUGUAACUUUUUCUUUAUUAUUCAAAACGCAAUUAUUCAUUUUGUUGUAAUGUUGAGACACGAAUUUGUUGUUUGGCCUAGAAGGCCCAACUCCCAUACUUGAAUUCUUU